UGGGCGUGCUCCACCUUUGGACGACGAUGAGGGAAAGUGUAGGCUUCGGCGUGCUGGCGGUGUUCCUGCUCCAGGCGUCGCCAGCGUCGGGCUUUGGUGGCGGCCCGCUUGUGAGGCCUCCUUCCAAAACUGGCGGGUCUCCCGCUACCAGCACGCGCUACAGUUCCAGGCCUCGCACAUCCAACAGGCAGGAGGAGCGCGGCUGCUCGCCUGUCCCGGGAGCGACGGCGGAUGGCGCCGGGGAAAAGGAGGAGCCGGCGAAAGCGAAGUCUGCCCCCAAGAAGGCCGUCGGCGGCUUGGCGGGCUGGGACUGGGGCUUCAAGUCCACGUCCAAGAAGCCUGCUGCUGCCCCUGCUAAAGCUGAGCCUGUUCCUGUGAUGAAAGCGGAGACUGGCGGGGACGGCAGCGGCGGCGGUGGUAACGGUGUCGACGCGAAGGCUGAGAAGGCGGCUCUCGAUGCCGAGGCUGCCGAUUUCGCCGAGGUUAAGCGCAAGGCCGCGGCGGAGAUCAAGGCCGAGCAGGCCGUGGCGGCAGCGGAGGCUGCCGGGAUCGCGGAGGUGGAAGAGGUCAAGCGCCAAGCGGCCGCCGAGAUACUGGCCGAACAGGAGGAACAGAAGGCGCGGAAGAAGGAGAUCGCCGAGAGGGCCGCAAAGGCGAAGCGAGCCGAGGAAAUGUCUGCGAUCGCCAGGGGGGACGCGCCUAAGAAGGCAGCAGCCAAGAAGCCCGCAAAGGAGGAGGAGAAGGGGGAGGAGAAAAAGGCUGAGCCCGCAAAGGCCGAGGCCGCUAAGACGGAGCCCGCGAAGGCCAAGCCCGCUAAGGCUGAGCCCGCUAAGGCUGAGUCCACUAAGGCCAAGCCCGCUAAGGCCGAGGCGGCUAAGGCAAAGCCCGCUAAGGCCGAGCCCGCUAAGGCCGAGCCCGCUAAGGCCGAGCCCACUAAGGCCGAGGCGGCUAAGGCGAAGCCCGCUAAGGCUGAGCCCGCUAAGGCGAAGCCCGUGAGAAAGAGCAGCGCCGGCACGGGAGGGUGGGACUGGGGGUUCAAGUCCACGCCCAGGAAGACUGCCGCCAAGCCCGCCGCCGCCGCCGCCGCUGCGAAAGCUAAGCCUGCUGACGAGAAAGCGGAGGCCAAGAAGGAGGCCAAGAAAGCCAAGGCCAAGGCCCUGGAGGAAGGCAGGGCCGCCGCCGCCGCAGCCGCAGCCGCGGAGGCCGAAAAGAUCGCCGAGAUCGAAAGGAAGGCCGCCGCCGAGAUCGAGGAGAAGGCGGCGGCGGCGGCGAAGGCCAAGGCCGAGGCCAAGGCCGAGGCCGGCGCCGCCAGGGCCAGGCACGAGCAGCGCGCCCAGGAGAUGGCCGCGGAGGCCAGGGGGGAUGUGCCGAAGCCGAAGAAGAAGGCCGCACCCAAGAAAAAGAGCGUGGGCACAGACGACAAGAAGAAGGAAGACGGUGACAAGAAGAAAGGAGACGGCGACAAGAAAGAAGACGGCGGCAAGAAGAAAGAAGACGCCGAAAAGAAGACGAAGAAAACGAAGAAGGCCACGAGCAAGAAAGAGGAAACCCCUAAGGACGACAAGAAGGACGAUGCCGCUGGUGGCGGCGACGAAGCUGCUGCUGACGGUGCCGAAAAGGAGGGGGGAAAGGCUGCCGAAAAGGCAACGCCGGCCAAGACAGAGAAGAAGGCGUCGACUGGUGGGGGCGGCGGCGGCUGGGGCCGUUUCGGGUUCGCUCCGCCGAGUAAAAAGGCCAGCACCAGCAGCAUCACCCUGACUAAGCCGGAGACGAUCGUGGUGGUUACCGGCGCCACCGGACGGGUGGGAUCGCUGGCGGUCCGGCGCCUCCUGGAGCUGUACCCCAACGUGCUGGUGAGGGCCAUCGUCACCGACAUGGCAAAGGGAAAGAGGCUGCUCAAGGAGGAGAUCGACAAGUACGGCAUCAAGCUCGAGAUUGUGUCUGCCGAGCUCGGUGGGAUGCGUUCGGCGGCAAAGGUGGUGGCAGGAGCGUCCGCCGUUGUCUUCUGUGCCUCUGGCUUUGCGCAGAAUCUGUCUCCCAUAGAGAGGCUGGCCAACGCGGUACGGCUGACCAUCAACCCCAGCUCGGUGGCAGACGUGGAGGGUGUUCGCGACGUGGCAACGGCCCUCAAGGCCACCAAGAAGCUGGUGUCGAAGGCCUCCAAGGCUCAACAGGAGAUCGACGACAAGGCCAAGGGUAAGGCCGAGGAGGGCGGGAAAGCCAAGGAGGACGAAGAGCCCGAACCCCUCUACCCGAACGCCCCCAGAUUCGUGCUGCUGUCGUCGGCUGCGGUGACCCGGCCUAACUGGAGUUCCGAAGACAAGGCGCUCUACCCCUUGUCGGCGGACGUGCCGAUCGUGAAGCUGAACCCGCUCAACAUCCUCACGGUAAAGGCCCAGGGGGAGAAGGAGCUCCGAGAGGUGGGCAUCCCCUACGUCGUGGUGAGGCCGUGCGGUCUAAACGACGACCACCCGAGGGGGAGGCCAAUAUUCUCCGUGGGCGACACGGCCGCGGGGAGGAUAUGCAGGGAGGACGUCGCGGACGUGCUGGUGCGGUGCCUGGGCACUCCUGAGGCCACCGGGAAGACCUUCGAGGUUCAGUCACUGCCCGGAUUCGAGAAGGUGGCCUCUUCGGUGAAGACCAACAGCAAGGGGAACAUCGACCAGGCACUGGCCGGCCUGCCCACCGACAAAUCUCUGUCGAAGGAUCCGGAGAUGCUCAAGAACUUCAGGCGGUACACCUACCCCGUCCUCACGCAGCUCCGCCCGGUCCCGCUGGUCCAGAUGUCCAAGAACGAUGAGGAGGAGAAAUGA